UCCAGAGCUCCAUUCAUGUCUCUCACGCCUGGCCGCAAAGCAUCGGCAGGCCAGCACAGGCGUUCAGCAGCGACCAGUGGUGGAGGCGGGCGGUAUUUCCACGGCGAUGCGUCUAACACCAACACAUACCCUGGUCGGGUCAGCUCUGUGGAGCGCAGCCCAGCCACCAGCACACCCAGGCGACAGACUAAGCAGACGACCUGCAGUGAUAACCAUGGCAUCCGGCCCCCCGCUCCUGAGCAGUACCUUACCCCGCUGCAGCAGAAGGAGGUGUGUAUACGACACCUGCGAGCCAGGCUGAGGGACAACGUCGAUCGACUGCAGAACAGGGACUGCGAGCUGGACGACCUGAGGAGCCAGCUGUACAGGAUGCAGGAGGACUGGAUAGAGGAAGAGUGCCACCGCGUGGAAGCCCAGCUGGCGCUGAAGGACGCCCGCAGGGAGAUCCUGCACCUGCAGGACAUGGUGGAGUCGGUGAAGACCAACCUCGGUGGCCGUGAGCACCAGCCCCCGGGGCCCCAGCCCCCCGCCGGGCUGCAGGGGCCGCGGCACGGCGGGAGGUCCCGCUCCUGCGGCUGCUCCCCGGCCGGCACGCUGAGCCGCGGCACCCCCCGCACCCGGCUGAGCAGCGAGGCCCUGCAUCCGGAGCGCGGCCCGGGCCACCCCGACGCCGAGGGGGGCUUCCCCCCGCACGCGGGGCAGAAGCACCUGCUGCUGGAGGCGGCCCUGCUGUCGGAGCAGAAGGCGCCCCGCAGGCACGCGCCGGGGCCGCCGCCCACCGUGUCCUGCUCGGCCACCUACGAGCGGCUGUGCAGCGUCGGGGCCGUGCUGCCCGUCUCCCACUCCUGCCACACGCUGAGCGGCGGCGGCUGCAGAUGCGGCGCACACACCUACCUCCCCCAUCACCACUUGUUCCUCCACCUGCCUCAGGGGGACGGCCCCCCCCCGCCCCCCUCCCCCCCCGUUGUUGCUAUGACGAUGCCCGUUCAAGACGCAGGGAGGAAGCCAGAGGUCCGCUCGCAAGCCUGCAGCCCCACCAUGACCUGGCUCUCGGAGGAAGGGGGCGGCGAGGAGCUGAGCGUCAUCUCCUCCUCCACAGGCGUUGAUGUUUCCCCCUUGUUUUCACCCUUCUCGCUCCCCGUGGACCUCCACGGUGUGGGGCCGGGCGCGACCGACACACCGGUGGACGUUAAAACUAUGUCGAAGGAGCCCCUCACGUUUCAACCUCGGCCUAUAUUCAGCCGGCCCCCAGAGAGACAGGAGGUCACGAUACUGGAGAUGGAAGAGGAAAGCAACAAGGAAGCGGAGGGUGCGGACGCGGCCGAAGAGGAGCCCCCCCCUCAGCUGUGCCACUGGAGCCGGUACUUCUUGGUGGACCUUCUGGCUCUGGCUGUGCCGGUGGUGCCGACUAUGGCCUGGCUGUGCCGCAGAGCACCACGAGACGUACUGACCACAGUUCCUAUUGGCUCAAUGCUGAGGGGUUGCUGUGCUGUGGCCCUUUAUUCACUUCGCUGCCGAGGUGCCGCCAGGGGCCCGGGGCCCAUCAACAUGAACGGGGCCACCCCUAUCUGAGAUCUCCACACCUUGUAUUGCCCGGUACAACGCAGCCAUCACAAAUUCCAAGACACCAUCAUAAUCACAGCCAUGAAGACUUUGGAAAGAAUUAACAUCAUGUUUGGUAUCAUAAACUGUCCGACUAUAAUUUCCAUGACCCGUUAGUGUGGUCUAGCCUUUUUAAUUCCCUGCCUCUGCCUGCAGUUGGAAUAUUCCGCUCUUUGCAUGUAACCCCUAAAUGUUCAGCUGAGGGGAAGUCACCGCGCUGAUACAAAAUCCCUUCUCAUUGUUCUCCCAUAUUGUUUAAAAGAUCUUGUGAAUGUAUGCUCUAUUUUACGUCUCAAUUUCUAAUUCUAGGGAUAUCAGCAAGGAUUAUACCAGAUUCUUUGUUAAACAUUUGAUAAUUUCUAACGACCACAUACUUAAUACCGGUAUGGUUGAAGUGUUGCACAUUUGAGUGACGUGGGAACUUGGCCGUGUGAAGACAAAAUUUUGAGUAGCCGUUCUGAUUUUAUAUCAUUUAAAUCGUAUCUCCAGUUACCUAAUUGGUUAGAAUGAGACAACUUUGUGUAAUUCCAGUGCAGCAAAAAUAAUACAUUCUCCAAUGUUUUGUUUUAGGUAAAGAAAUACAUUCACAGCGGAUCUACAAAGAUGCUCAUAUGAGCUUCAUUGAAAACACAGGUUUGCACAGCUGCUAGAAAUAUAAUGAAGAUAAUGGAAAAACUAAAACGUAGUUAAGAUAUUGGGCUGGCUAAAUAUUGGCUCGCAAUUAAACAGAUAUAAAGCACUUUACCAGCAUUUCUUUACCCAAUCAGAUGUAUGAAACAAAGUAGCUGUGAACCUGCUCAUUAAUAUCAGUUAUAUGCAGACAUUACAUCUGCACUGACAUGACAAUAUAUUCUUAAUUGUUUGAAGAACUUACAACAUUCCAUUCAUGUUAUUUACAUCAUAAAGCAAUAACACUUCUUAUCUUGUAAUUUGCUUGGCCACGGCCCUUUGCUGUAUAUUAAAACAGGACUCCAUUAUAGGAAUACGGUAUGCUCCCACAUUCUGCUCUGGUCCUCGUUAUUGGAUUGAGAGCAUUGUAGGUUUUUUUAAUUCCUUACAGAAAAGGCAUUCAUGUUACUGCAUUUCAGAUGUACAAGUCUCAACCAACAUAAGCACCCGGGAAUCCUUUGUAAAUAAAAACAUGCCUGGAUCGUAAUGCGUGGUGGUAAG